CGGUGUUCCAGCACGUGCAUCUCUAGUAAAGAAAAGAAAUCAGCGUCGGUCUGCAGCUGCGGCUCUCCGGUGCGCAUCACAGUACAGCGCCUGCGCUCCGCUGCUUCGGUUCCACCGUCUCCUCCUCGCGAACAUGGCGGCGCCUGCGCUCUCCAGCCGGGCUGGUUCAGCUGGCAGCAGCCCCACCGCCACCCCGAACAACACCAAACUCGCCCCGCACUCCCCCGAACUGGACUUCAGGUCCGGAACCAGGAUCGAGGAGCUCAACCGGCUGAUCGCCGAAUUCAGCAAGCACGAGCAGCGCGAGUACGACGACCAGGCGCUCGAGAUCCACACGGCCAAGGACUUCAUCUUCUCCAUUUCAGGCAUGGUGCAGAAGUUGGACCAGAAGCUUCCGGUUGCCAACGAGUAUCUGCUGUUGUCCGGCGGGGUCCGGGAAGGCGUGAUAGACAUGGAUCUGGACGAGUUGACGGUGUACGCGCGGGGAGCUGAUUACGACAUGGACUUCACGUUACUGGUUCCUGCGCUCAAACUCCACGACCGAAACCAGCCGGUCACGCUAGACAUGCGUCACUCGGCGCUCUGCCACUCCUGGCUCAGCCUGCGUCUGUUCGACGAGGGAACCAUCAACAAGUGGAAGGACUGUUGCACGGUUGUAGACCAUGUUAACGGUGGCCACCAAUUACUUUUCUCACCCACGCUGGUGGCCCUAGACUGGUUCUAUGAAUCCAUUAGCAUGGUUCUGGCGGAGAUUCAGAAGAAGCCGCAGCGCGGCGUCCCGCGGGUUGAGAAGGUUGAGCGCAAUGCAACUGUCAUCUCCAUCAUUUUGGGCGUCGGAGGCAGUCGGAUGCUGUACGAUGUGGUUCCAGUAGUCUCAUUCAAAGGCUGGCCAGCAGUCGCCCAAAGCUGGCUAAUGGAGAACCAUUUUUGGGACGGGAAAAUCACGGAGGAGGAAGUGAUUAGUGGGUUUUAUUUGCUGCCUGCUUGCUCUUCUACAGGCCAGAAGGAAAACGAAUGGCGCUUGUCGUUUGCGCGCAGCGAGGUGCAGCUGAAGAAGUGCAUCUCUGCGAGUCUCAUGCAGGCGUACCAGGCUUGUAAAGCUCUGAUUAUUAAGCUUCUCUCUCGACCCAAAGCCAUCAGUCCGUAUCACCUGCGCUCGCUCAUGCUUUGGGCCUGCGACCGCCUGCCGCAUACGUUCUUGGCACAGGAAGAUUACGCGGCACACUUUUUGCUCGGGUUGAUUGACGACUUGCAGCACUGCUUGGUGAAUAAGACCUGUCCGAAUUACUUUAUCCCACAAUGCAACAUGCUAGAGCAUCUCAGCGACGAUGCGGCCAUGCUGCAUGCACGCAAGUUGUCGUCCGUUCGUUCCGACCCAGCGGAACACUUGCGGAGCGCGAUCGAACACGCAAAAGCCGCGUCACGACUCACGCUUGAGCUCCAGUGGCGUGGAGGAAGCUCAAACUUGUCAUCUCCACUGUCCGACACCGGAGCCGAUCAGCAACCGGACGACCGGCUCGCGAAGAAACUCCAGCAGCUGGUCACAGAGAAUCCUGGGAAGUCCAUCUCAGUCUUCAUCAACCCAGACGACGUCACGCGACCCACUUUCGCAUUGGAUGACAAAUUCUUUUGAAGCCACGCCUAUUGAUCUGACUGGGAACAAGCUCAUUUUUGCAUCAAUGAUACAUUUUUCUGAAGCCACGCCCACUGAUCUGAUUGGGUGCUGGCUGCAGACAACCUCAUGCAACCUUAAUUUUGCAUUGAUAAUUUUUUUUUUCUCAAACAACGCUCCUUGAUUUGAUUGAGUGCUUACUGGGGAUGAGCUCACUUUUGCAUUGAUGACAUUCUUUUGAAGCCACACCCCUGAUCUGAUUGGGUGCUUACUGCAGAUGGUGUCACAUGACCUCACAUUUGCAUCAAUGAUAAAGUCUUCUGAAACCAUGCCCAUUGAUCUGAUUGGGAGCUGACGACCUCAGUAUAGCAUUAAUGAUCAAUUCUUCUCAAGCCACGCCCCUAAUCUGAUUGGGCGCUGACUGCAGAAGACCUCACUUUCACAUUGAUGACACAUUCUUCUGAAGCCACGCCCCCUGAUAUGAUUGGGCGCUGUUUUAUUUUGUUUUUCUUUCUGUUUUUAAUGAGUCCCAGAAGCAGGAAGCCGUGUGUUUUGCACAGCGCCAGAGAUGUUAAACACUUCAGGCUCUGAAUAUGAUGUUAAAAAUGGACAUGAUGAGUCCUG